AUCCACAGAAUCCUCAGGAAACUCCCGGCCCCGUCCAGCCGGUUGGCCCCGCGGCGGCGGGGGGUGAUCUCAACAACGACGGCGAUCUGAACGUCGGCAUGAGGAUCCUGGGCAAGAAGAGAACCAAAACGUGGCACAAAGGAACUCUGAUUGCAAUCCAGACGGUCGGUGCUGGCAACAAGUACAAGGUGAAAUUUGAUAACAAAGGGAAGAGUUUGCUUUCUGGCAAUCACAUCGCUUACGACUAUCACCCCUCCCCUGAGAAACACUACGUUGGCAGCAGGGUCGUGGCCAAAUACAAAGAUGGGAAUCAGGUCUGGCUCUACGCUGGCAUUGUGGCCGAAACCCCCAACGUGAAGAACAAAGACAGGUUCCUCAUCUUCUUUGACGAUGGCUACGCUUCGUAUGUCAAGGACUGGGAGCUGUACCCGAUCUGCAGACCACUUAAAAAGACCUGGGAGGACAUAGAGGACGUCUCCUGCCGCGACUUCAUCGAGGAGUACAUCACGGCCUACCCCAACCGUCCCAUGGUGCUGCUGAAGAACGGCCAGCUGAUCAAAACGGAGUGGGAAGGGACCUGGUGGAAAUCCCGAGUGGAAGAAGUGGAUGGCAGCCUGGUCAAAAUCCUCUUCCUGGAUGACAAACGCUGCGAGUGGAUUUACCGGGGUUCCACGCGCCUCGAGCCCAUGUUCAGCAUGAAAACCUCCACGGCCUCCACCCAAGAAAAGAAGCAGAGUGGGCAAGCCAGGACUCGUCCCAACGUUGGCGCUGUCCGGAGCAAAGGGCCCGUAGUGCAGUACACGCAGGAUCUGACGGGCGCCGGUACCCAGUACAAACCUCUGGAGCAAAUGCAGGCGGCGUCGCUGGCUGCGCGAUCCGUUUCCCCUCAGCCCGCCGAGAUGGAAUGCUCCGACAGUCAGCUGGCCCAGUCGAGAAAGCAAGUAGCCAAGAAAAGCACUUCCUUCCGUCCUGGCUCCGUGGGAUCCGGGCAGUCGUCUCCUUCUUCCCCCGUCCUGAGCGACACGCCUCCGUCGGGAAGGAGCGGUGCGUCCCAGCAGCACCGCUUUUCCAGCGGCCAGGCCGGCAGCGGCACAGCGCAGGCCUUCCACGGCAUGAUGGACCGGGUGCCCAACGAGCCCUCGUACCGAGCGCCGCUGGAGAAGCUCUUCUACCUGCCGCACGCCUGCAGCAAUUCCUGCCUGUCCCGCGUCCGCCCCAUCCACAGCGACCAGUACCGCAGCAAGAACCCCCUGCUCAUCCCGCUGCUCUACGACUUCCGACGGAUGACGUCCCGGCGGCGCGUUAACCGCAAGAUGGGCUUCCACGUCCUCUACAAGACGCCGUGUGGGCUCUGCCUGCGAUCCAUGCAGGAGAUCGAGCGCUACCUUUUCGAGACGGACUGCGACUUCCUUUUCCUGGAGAUGUUCUGCCUCGAUCCCUACGUCCUGGUGGAUCGCAAAUUCCAACCCUACAAACCCUACUACUACAUCGCCGACAUCACCAAGGGCAGGGAGGACGUGCCGCUGUCCUGCGUCAACGAGAUCGACAACACCCCGCCUCCCCAAGUGGCCUACAGCAAGGAACGCAUCCCCGGAAAAGGCGUUUACAUCAACACCAGCUGGGAAUUCCUGGUGGGCUGCGACUGCAAAGACGGCUGCAGGGACAAAUCCAAAUGUGCCUGUCACCAGCUGACAGUCCAAGCGACCGGCUGCACGCCGGGCGGGCAGAUCAACCCCAACUCGGGAUACCAGCACAAAAGGCUGGAAGAAUGCCUCCCGACCGGCGUUUAUGAGUGUAACAAGAGGUGCAAGUGCAACAUCAACAUGUGCACCAACCGCUUGGUCCAGCACGGCCUCCAGGUCCGGCUGCAGCUGUUCAAGACGCAGAACAAAGGCUGGGGCAUCCGCUGCCUCGACGAUAUCGCCAAAGGCUCCUUUGUCUGCAUCUACGCAGGGAAGAUCCUCACGGAUGACUUUGCCGACAAAGAGGGGUUGGAGAUGGGUGACGAGUAUUUUGCCAACCUGGAUCACAUCGAGAGCGUGGAAAACUUCAAGGAAGGCUACGAGAGCGACGCCAAAUGCUCCUCCGACAGCAGCGGGGUGGACCUCAAGGACGACGAGGAGGAGAACACGGGCACGGAGGAGCAGGAGGAGUCCAACGAGGACAGCUCCGACGACAACUUCUGCAAGGACGAGGACUUCAGCGCCAGCUUGGUGUGGCGCAGCUACGCCACGCGCCGGCAGACACGGGGCCAGAAGGAGAACGGCCUCUCGGAGACGGCUUCCAAGGAUUCCGGCCUCACCCGGCAAAUCAGCCACGAGGAGACGGCGGUGGCUCCUUCCUGUAAGCCGCCGGUGUCGGAGGAGACCUCCAAGAACAAGGUGGCCUCGUGGCUGAGCUCCAACAGCAUGGCCGACGGCUUCCAGGACAACGACAGCACCUCCUCCUUCAAGAUGAGCGAAGGCAGCGAGGCCAAGGCCGUCAAAACGGAGCUGCCGGCGGAGAAAGCCUCCGCUUCGUCCCUGGGCGACCCGGAUGGGGAGUCGAAGGCGUCCAAGAAGGAG